AUAUAAUCUAAGAAAAUCAUAUUUGUUACAUUACUUGAAAUAAUAAAUGGUUGAUAACUGAGAUAGCUACCAUAUUAAAUUUAAUGCAAAACAUUGCUUAGAUUUUAUAUUAAUAUUAAUAUCGAGUUUAUCCGUAUUCUAAACAAUAGUAAUUUAAUUCUUCAACGUAUAGAAAAUUUUCAUUCUCUAUACGUAGAGUAUCGAUGUUAGCGCCCCUAUCGAUGAGAAAGCGAGACUAAAACGUUUCUUGGAAAUAAAAGUUCUCGGAAAGAAUUGAUAUGUAGAGUUGUGUAUAUAUUUGUGAAAAGUUUUCCGUGUGCGUAUGUAUUAUUUAACGACUAAUUGAUUUUCAUCCUUAUCAAUUGCUCGUUUAUUAAAUUAUAUUGAUAACUUGCUAUUUUAAUAUCGAUAAUAUUGAUAGGACAUAUGAUGAUAUUAAUAGGUUAUAGAAUUCGACUUUGCUUAAUCUCGUUACGCGUUUCAUUGAAUUUUUCAAGUAAUUCAUAAAUGUAAUAUUCGAACGUAAAGAAUAAGAUAAAUAAAUAGCUCUAAAGCAAGUAAAUAUGGAGUAUGAAAAGAUAACCUCAAAAAGUAAAGUUGAAAAUUUGAAAAAAAAGGAAUGGCCAGGUAUUCGGACGUAUGAAAAUUUUGUAACGCGAAUCGAACCAAAUUUGCUUAUCAUAGAGAUAGGGCGAUUAAUACCGUAUAUAAAAGGAGAAAAUAUUAAAUUUUUUCCUCUUAAUAUGCCAUCUAUUGAAAUAGGAUUUAUACAUAUAAUUGGUAUUAUUCUAGAAGUUUCUAAUUUCGGAAAUUAUUACGAAUUCCAAGGUAUUCAAAUCUUUUAAUUUUUUAAAACAAUACAAACUAUAAUUGCUUAACAUUUUUUUCUUUUUCGUAUUCUUACACGAUUAAAAGUUUAAUUACAAGUAUCCUACAAGCUUGUAUUGUUAUAAGAAAAGAUUGUUAGGCAAAGAUAGAUUAUAAUUAUGGAUUAAAAUCUAUAAUGAGAUUAUUCUGUAGUCGACGAUGGUACAGGAAUAUUAAGUGUAAUGUAUAAUGCAAAACGUUACUUUUCUGAAAAAACGAAACGCGUUAAAGCUCAGAACUCAAAUAAUGAUCAAAAAAGUACAGAGAGUAUUCAGAAAAUUGAUGAUUUACAACCUGGUAAAUACGUACACCUGGGAGGAUUCUUAUCGUUGAAUAAUUAUAAAAAAACUAUUUCCACCGACUUUAAGAAUAAAGGUCCUACAGAAAAUUUUUGGUGCAGUCAACCGCUGUUACAUGUUAUCAAUUUACAAUUCAUUAGCGAAAAAGAAUAUUACAAAAAAAUGUAUGCCUGGUUUGGAAGUGGAGAAAGCAGAUAUACUUGAAUGAUAUUAGUCUUAAGUAAUAUCUCUAUAAGGCCUAAUAUAUCUUAAAUUACGUGUUACAUUUUAUAUCAUUUUGUACAUUGUAUGAAACAUUAUGCGUCGAAUAGCAGUAUUUGUAAUAUUAAAAGUCUUUUUUUACGGAUGCCACGGUGUAAUUUAAUUGUGCAUUUCGGCGUGUGUGCAUAUAUAUAUAUAUAUAUAUGUGUGUGUGUGUGUGUAUAUGUACAUGGAUAACAUUGCAGAUGUAUAUCGGAUGAAUCAUUGACGAAUCACUUUGUAGGCAUGUUACUUGAUGAAACUAUCUGUAAACCAUUGACAAACUACUGCAUAGAUGGUGCUUUCUGUGCAAGUUACAAAUUUUGUAGUCGAGGUAUCAAUUAUAUGAUAAUAAUUGAUAUCUUGAUUAUAUUAAAAUUGAAUUUCAAUUCGAUAUCUUAUAAUCUUGUUUCUCCUUAAUUAAAUAUGGAAAGUAAAUUCAAUCGAUUAGGAGGGGAGACACCUUGUUCUCUCAUUGGUUCUCUAUACGGUAGUAUUAAAUGCAUAAGACGAUUGGUCGUGUGCGGUUUAUAGGUUAAAUGUACCAUCAAUCUAUUGUGAUGUACACCGUUGAGAGUUUUGCAGGAUCUAGAGUAUAAAAUUAUUAAUGUUCAGUUAUAAAAAGUAUCGUUUAAUAGUAAAUUAUUUAUAUAAAAAAACCAUUUGAUGGAUUCCAAUAACGAAUCAUCGAUAAAAGAGUUUCAACCAAAUCCGUACAGCGUAAAAUAUGGGGAAAUUGUCGAUCGUCUAUUGAAGGAAUCGUCUGAAGACUUCGAAAAGAGCGGCAAAUUUUCAGAUAAAAUAUUAUUAAGUCUAUAUAACGUUUUUGGCGAAGUGCUUGAAAGGGCAUUAGAAUUAUACGAAGAAGGACGUAUAACGCACAUCUCUUCGUCUCCGCCGGUUGUUGAAGGAAACUUGUACAACCGGAAUAAUGCUCGUUGGUUGUUCCAGACUGCCACUUGCUUUGCCACAGAGAAUGGAUUAAAGGUAACGGUGGAAGAUGCCAAGUGCAUGCAAGCAAGCGCUUAUAUUCCAGGAGUUAUUUUUGUAGAAUUUAAUUUAAAGGAGGAUGUUAUGUUCAGAAUAAAUUUAAGCAUACUCGUUGAAUGUCUUUGUAUGUUUUGGAGUAAUAUAAAUACAACGGGGAGUAAUGUUGCCUUAGAAAUGUUUUAUAAAGGUAUCGGUAAUCCAUUGAGCAUACUCAUAGAAGAAAAUGGCAUUAUAACGGAUUGUUCGUUGAAAACUCAUAAUCCGGAAGAGUUACUGGACUUCCAUCUAGAGCCAGAAAACGUUUUAAAUAAAGUUGUGCUGCAAACGGAAUUAUUAAAGGAUAUUUUAUCCGAGCUCGAUCCGACCAGCGAAGUGAUGGAGCUGUUAUUGUCUCCCGAAGCACCAUUCUUUAGAAUAAGUACCAAUGGUUUAGCCGGUAUAUGUCAUAUCGAACUGCCUCAUGAUGGAGAACUCGUAGACAAUUUUCAAUGUACUACCGUAGCCACGACCAGUUAUAGAUUGGCACAUAUUAAGCCAGCCAUGAAAGCAUUAUCUUACGCCAAUAAAGUGUCCUUAAGGACCGACGAUUGCGGACUACUGUGUUUUCAAUACAUGGUGAAAACUGAGGAGGGCCACACGUGUUAUAUCGAAUAUUACAUAUCGCCGGUGAUAGAUGUGAAAUAGAAAAGAAUCAUCGUAAAAUUUCGUAUUUAACGUAAUAAAACGCAAGAAUAUCUUUGGGGUAAUAUUUUUUUAUUGGUAGAAAAAAAAAUUCUGUGACGACUUCUUAUAAACAUAUAAUACGUGACGCAACAAGUAUUUGAGAAACUCGUGCUAAAGACAACAAAGAAUUGGUAAUGCGCUUAUUUUUAUACCUUUAAAUACAUUCAAAGAUCGCAUAUGCUAUCGACAUUUUAUUUCUAUACGAAUUAUAUUUCUUCGAUAU